AUGGGCCAACAAGGAUCCAAACCGGCACGGACGCUCGGCGCGCGUGUGUCGACAGGCCCUCUGAAGGCGCCCAGCACAGCCGCGCCUGCUGCUUCUCGUUUCCAGAAAGAUGAAUCGAUCCUCAGCGAUGCGCGUGAUCCUCAGUUUAUGCGGAAUCUGAGUGCACUGGGUCCCGUGGCGCCACAGCAGCCUGUGGAUGCGCCUACUCGCGAGGGUCCUAUGAUGGGCAUUCUACAUGCGCGAGUACGCAAUGAGCGCGAAGAGGAAGAGGGGACAGCGCCGGGUCUUACGGCGGGAGAGCUCGUGCGCCUUUUGACCGAAUACCGCGAGGAUCCCGCCAAGCUGGAUACGCUCGCGACGGAGUACGACGUGGACCGCGACAAGCUGCGCCGUCUCGUCCAGUUUGUAAGUGUACCCUAG